GUGGAUAAAUCGAAAGUGCUACUGUGUGAGACGUGUUUCCAGGUUACAUAUGGCUGAAGUACCGCUAAAAGAAAGAAUAUUUUAUAGCCGUACUAAGAAAGCUGCGACUGUAUGUGAAGUUAACUCAAAAAAUCGCCCACCCUCAUACAAGCAUUGGGAUUUGAAAACCGUAAGCACUGCUUGUUCAGCUAUUAGAAAUGGUACGUUGAGUCAACGACGUGCUGCUGAAGAAUAUGGUAUUCCUAGGUCCACACUGGGCGAUUACUAUCGAGGAAGCACUCUUCCUGGUGCCAAAAGUGGCCCAAACAAGUAUCUCUCUGAUGCAGAAGAAGCAGAACUGACCAGGUUCUUGAUUAGAUGUGCCUCUGUUGGCUUUCCUAAAACCAGAAGUAAUGUAAUUGCAAUUGUGCAAAGAGUGUGCGACCGUAAAGGAGUCAAGGUCACAGUCACUCAUGGUUGGUAUGAAAGCUUCACAAAGCGACACUCGGAACUAGUUUUGCGAAUUCCUGCUAAAUUGUCUGUAGCAAGAGCAAAAGCCACGGAUGGAGUGAGUGUUCAGACUGGGAGAAAGAAAACAGCUCCAGACGACCAAGCUCCUGUUGUUGUCAUUGAUCCUGAGAGCCCAGUGAAAAGCAGCGGGGAAAGUGCUGCAAGGAAUGUCAAAUCUACGCCCUUUAGUACACGUGCUGGUGACUCGAAGGCAUAUAAGGUACACUUUCAAGUAUCCAAUGAAUCAUUGCUUGAUGACUCAGAAACAAAUCCGUGCUUAAAAGAUUGGGUUAGUGAUCUUGGUCUCUCUCUUUAUGAGAAACAAGCCCUUCAACGUAAUGCUUGGCUGUCAGCAAAUCAUAUUUCUGCUGCAAAUAUGCUGCUCAGAAGAGAAUUCCCUCAUCAAAACGGACUUCAAGAUACUAUGUACUUGCUUGAAAAUCUCCAGUGGAGAUCGUCAGCUCAUGAAUUUGUGCAAAUAAUUCAUGUUGGAGGAUUUCAUUGGGCGUGCUUAUCAAAUAAAUUAUCAUCUGAUGCAAGUAAAAUACAGCUGUAUGACAGUCUUCACAUAGAACCUGGCCCUACCAUUAUUGAACAGUCUUGCACGAUUCUCCAUUGUAUGAAAGACCGUUUCACAAUCCAAGUUGUGAAUGUUCAACUUCAGUAUACUGGUGAUUCUUGUGGUUUGUUUGCCAUCGCUAUGGCUUAUGAUUUAUGUUCUGGUCGAAACCCUUUGAAAAUCAGCUACGAUGAAUCGAUGAUGAGAGUUCAUCUGGAGCGUUGCUUCAACAAUCGUGAACUGUCACGCUUCCCACGAGCUGCAAAAAAAAGGGAUUGCCCCAAGACAAUAGUCGCAAAAACGCAGGUUCCUGUAUACUGUAGUUGCCGAUAUUCUGAUGUGGAAGUCACAUCGAGGUUUGGGGAUAUGGCGUCAUGUGACAGUUGCAGUAAAUGGUACCACCAGGAUUGCGAAAACAUUCCGAACGCUGUUUUUAAUGAUACUCAAAAAACAUGGUUUUGUAUGUCGUGUAGCCAGUAAUAAUAAUAUUGUUUUUAUGUUCUUUUUGUAGUCUAUUUUGUCUAUUUUGUCUGUGGUACCAUAUAAUCGUUGAGGA